AUGGCCGGGAAGAAGGCGCGUAAGAACGCGCAACCGAGCCCCGCGCACACUGAGCUGGAAGAGGAGUGUGCUGCUCAGCUCAGGAGACUGGGAGACAAACUGAAUUUCCAGCAGAAACUUCUGAAUCUGAUAACCAAAUUCUUCUGCUCAGGAACCUGACUGCAACAAAAACUUGUGCAUAAGGGGACUCCUUCGAAAGGGAAGUUUCCCACAAUAGGUGCAAGUGGUACAAAUUUCAUAAAUUCAAAGAGAGGUCUCAGUGCAUGUAAUUGAGAGGAGUGAAAAGGAGCAUUCACUUGCUGUGGAUGCCCUUGAGAAGUGAAGAUGGAAUACCUCAGAAGAAUUUCUGUGGGGGGGGGUUUCAUAUGUCAUUUUUGGGGCUGUGAGAACAUUGUAAAACUACUUUGUUUAUUUGAAAACAACACUUUUUAGUUAGAGAAUUAUUCUGUUAUUUUUGCUGAAGGUCAUUGCCCAGCCUGGUAUAAAAGGAGUUGAAAAUAACAUUAAGGCUGAAAGAAAUAGUUCAGUGUUGGUUUUUUUUUGUUGUUUGUUUUGUUUUUUUUACUUUUCAGUGCCAACUUCAGAGCACUGUAUACUAUUUAGUUUAUAUAUAUAUUGUCUUGUUAAAAGGACAAAUUUCGUUCUGAGAACACUGAAUG